CCCAAACAAGUCCAUGCCGUGGCGACGAUUAGUUCCAUGGCGGACGGGCUUCGAAGUGGGCCUGGGCUGCGUGGACUAGGAUGCAGCCAUCUUAUUUACUUGCGCAUCCCCCAGGUCCCAAACUCCUUCUCUACCGCUCAGGAAAGACUUCGUCACCCACGUUCAUUCGCUGAAUAACUUCACUCUUUUAGGUGUUCAGCCGGCAUUCCUUCGAUCGCUUCUUCAGAGUCUUUACCUUUGCGUCAAGUACUAUACCGGUCCAACUCGACGAUAAUGCAGCUUAUUACCCUCCUUUCGGCGGCCUCGGCCAUGGUCGCUACCACUUCCGCCACCAACCUCAGAAGCGCUGUUACUCUGAACAAGGAAUGCGACACUGCCAGGCCCUACGCACGCGUCAUCAAUCGUUGCGAAUACGACGUUCACCUUUGGUCUGUUUACAAGGGUGAUGGCUGCCCCGAAGAUGGCAUGGUCACGUUGAAGACUGGCGAGAUCUACAAUGAGAACUACACUCCUCCCAAAGACGAUGUUGGUGUGUCCAUCAAGAUCUCGAAGACGAAACAAUGCAAAGGCGUCGACAUUACCCAGUUGGAGUACUAUCUGGAAACUUCUAAGCCGGAAUUCCAAUACAACUUCCUCGAUGUUUCAUAUGUCGAUUGUCUUGGUGGCGACUGCCCUGCAAGGAAGGACGGAUACUACCUCAAGGCUGGUAGCCAGGUCGGAGUCAACACCGCAUCUUCUUCCAACACCUUCUGUCCUAUCCUUGCUUGCCACGAUGAGGCUUCUUGCGAUAAGGUUUCUUACGUGCUUCCCGACGACGUUCAGACCAAGACCUGCCACCUCGACCAAAGCGUGGACUUCUAUAUGUGCGGUGGAGAGGCGCCCUCUGGCGACUACGGCUCGUCUCCUAGCGAGUCUGAGUCUUCUGCUGAGCCUUCCACCAGCUCCAGCAAGCAGGCAGAGUACUCCGCUGCCAAGCCUACUUCCACCUCUGCUUCCGACGAAGACUCCUACACUGCCGACAUCGAAGUGGCUGCUGCCGCUGUCACCCCUGCGCCUGAGAAGCAGGACGAUAAGCCCUACCAUAAGCUUACCAAGACUGUUUACGUCACCGCGGUCGAGUAUGUCAACGCAAAGAGGCACGCUCACGCUCACGACCAUGCCCGCCGCCACCAGCCUUUCCACGCAUAAGCUAUUGAGUACUUGUAUACUAUGGCAGUGGUCUCAAGGAACUAUUUGAUUCUACAUUCUGCGAAUCCACAAUUCAGGAUACCAAUUUCGCGCUAUACCCAGGAGAGAUCAGGAAGAGGAGAUUAGAGU